GUAGAAACAAUGAGUGACAUGAUGCAGGACCGAGUGGUUCUUAGUGACCUGGACCCGCUGAGCGAAUACUGCGUCCAGGUCCAAAUCAUCACCAACAUGAACCCCAGACCGGGCGAGUACAGCGACGUCGUCUGUGAGCGCACCGGUGACGUGGAUGCAACUCUGUGGGUGGCGGCCGUGGUGACGUUUGUGGUCAUGGCCACGGUGGUGGCUCUGGUGGUGACUCUGGUGGUCUACUGGAAACAAAUCUCCAAGUUCCUGUGCCCAGAAGUCGUGCUGCCGCCACACUUUAAAGAGUCUCUGCUGCUGAAUGAUCCCAACUCCAUCUACCCAGUCUCGCUGCCCUCUGAGCACUGCGACCACGUCAGCAUCGUAGCAGACCACAGGACUGAGGAGGAGGAGGAAGGAGGGUGCAGCACUCAGCCUGAUACCUCACAGGAUGGGGGCUAGGAGGAGCAGGAGGAGGUGGGAUGCACUUUAAAGACUCUGAGAAUCGGCCUCUGACUGUGAGGUUUUAGAGCUGUGAACUCUGAAGCAGUGAAGUGAUGAAGACGAGCAAGAACAGGUGAAGCUGGCCCAGGUGAAGCUGUUCCCACUGUCACAGGCCACUGUUUAUACUUUAAUAGUUUAUUCAUGUCAAUGUAAAUGUUUUGCUUUCUACUGGUUUUUUAAUGGUUUUAAUGGUCGGAGGUUAACCGAAGCCUCUGCUGCUCCUGCUCGUAGGAACCAGGUGACCCGAUGCUGGGCUGUACUGAGACAGUCUGGGUCUUUUACUGCUCUCAGUCUUCGUAGCCCAGUUUAAUUACGUGUUCAGUAACUGGAUUACAACAUAACUACAUGUGAAGGUGUAGCCCUGCAGGCUGUGUGUUUGGGUGUAGCAAUAACUGAUGUGGGGAUGAGGUUGGCUUGGGUUUGCCACCAGCUGCUGUGAGACCUCGCCGUCCUCUGCUGUUUCCAGCGGGUUCACCUUGGAUCUCCAUCAGGCAGGAUUCGGGCCGUCCAGCAGAACUUAUGAUGAAGAAGUGUGAACACUGUAAAUACUCGGAUUUAUUUCUAAUAAAAGUCUUUGUGACGGAUGAAA